UUUCCUCUGCAUCGGAAUGGCAAAGGGAGAACGUGCUCCAAGUUGUGCGACUGUCAGUGUCGAAUAGUUCGUGUUAAUGUCUGCUGUUAUUAUUGCAUAGGAACAAAUGCAGGAGUUGCUUACCUGGGCGUGUAUAUGUGGUUAGAGGGAAAUCAACGCUCCCGCUCAAACCGGUAAUUUGAUACAUGUUUUAAAAACAUUUGAGCUUUGAUGUUUGAGUUUGCAUGUUCCAGUGUUUCUCCUGGAAAUAGUCAUUCGUCUCUUGGUGUACAAUGUAGCGUCAUUUGUGUAUUAGCCUACCUGCAUGAAUGUAACAUGAUAUUUAGUUCGAUAUGACUAAUGUGACUGAAAGUAAAAGCGUAGAAUGGCUUCAACUCGAGUUGGAAUCCGGGGGAAGUUCGCUACUUUUGUUGGACUGCCGAUCGCACGAGCUUUACGAAUCAUCCCACAUAGAAACGGCGAUCAAUUUGGCAAUUCCAGCAUUGAUGCUGCGAAGGUUUAAGAAGGGCAACAUACCCAUCCGAACUAUCAUACCGAACCACGAAGACAAGGAGAAAUUCGUUAGACGUUGCAAUACAGAUACAGUGAUUCUGUACGAUGAGUGCACUGUGGACUGGCAGGAUGGGGCCACUGGCUCGGUUCUGGGACUACUUCUUCAGAAACUAUGGGACGACGGAUGUAAAGCAUAUUACCUGGAAGGGGGAUUUGGGAAGUUUCAGACCGAGUACCCAGAGCACUGUGAAACCCUCCUGGACAGCUCCUGUCCCAGCUCCUCUCCCCCUCUCUCUGUCCUAGGCUUCGGAAGUCUCCGGAUCAGUUCCGACCUCUCAGAUGGUGAAUCGGACCGUGAGCCGAGCAGCGCCACAGAGUCUGAGGAGAGCCCCCUUCCCAACAUCCAACCUGCCUUCCCAGUCCAGAUCCUCCCCUUCCUUUACCUGGGCUGUGCCAAAGACUCCACCAACCUGGACGUGCUGGGCCAGUACAACAUCAAGUACAUCCUGAACGUCACGCCCAAUCUCCCCAACAUGUUUGAACAUGACGGCCUCUUCACGUACAAGCAGAUCCCCAUCUCAGACCACUGGAGUCAGAACUUGUCCCAGUUCUUUCCAGAGGCCAUAUCCUUCAUCGAUGAGGCUCGGUCCAAGCAGUGUGGCGUCCUGGUACACUGUCUGGCCGGUAUCAGCCGCUCUGUGACCGUGACCGUGGCCUACUUGAUGCAGAGGCUCAACCUAUCCCUCAAUGAUGCCUAUGACUUUGUCAAGAGGAAGAAGUCCAACAUCUCCCCCAACUUCAACUUCAUGGGCCAACUGCUGGACUUCGAGAGGACACUGGGGCUGCACAGCCUGUGUGACAACCGCUCCUCCUCCAGUGAGCAGCUCUACUUCACCACGCCGACCAAUCACAACGUGUUCCAGUUGGACACUCUGGAGUCGACUUGAGGAGACGGAGAUGGCAGGGUUUAGCGGCCAUGUUGCUUCAUCAGUGUCUACAUGGUCUUUUGUAGCCUGUCAGGAAAAGGAAAAGAGUCCUGGAACUGCAGCUGGUAGAGAGAGACUGAGGAGGCUCACCUGUUAUGCAAGUGAUUUAAGUAUAGAUUUUUAUAGCCCACGGUGCUCCCCAGUAUGCUUUAAAAAAGUACAUACUUUGUUUGGUCCACGCUCUGAUGCCUUAUCGUCUAUAAUAGUGAAUAAUGGUAUGGUUAUUGCAGGAAAUGUCAUUAUUAUGAGCUAACUCUGAGAUGGUUUAACUGUUAUUUCAUAUUCUCCAGCAGUAAUGUGGAUGUGUCAGUUGUUUUCCUAACACAUGUGGCUAAUGCCUUGGUCUGAAGGAAGAGGUUGGCCAUGGAGAAUGUGAAUCAAUGUUUUCUGGGACCAAACAGAGAUUCUUUUGAAUGAGGAGAUGGGGCUGCUUUAAGUUGGCCUUUAAUGACUGUAACGUUCCUGUUGAUGACUGUAACGUUCCUUUUGAUGACUGUAAUGUUCCUGUUGAUGACUAACAUUCCUGUUGAUGACUGUA